AUGUGUAUAGAUUACCAGCAAUUGAACAAGGUCACAAUCAAGAAUAAGUACCCAUUGCCGAAGAUUGAUGAUUUGUUUUACCAGCUUCAGGGUGCCCAAGUAUUUUCUAAGAUCGACUUGAGAUCUGGCUACCAUCAGUUGAGGAUUAGGGCAUCCGAUGUCCCUAAGACAGCUUUCCGCACUCGGUACGGGCAUUAUGAGUUCUUGGUGAUGUCAUUCGGAUUGACAAAUGCCCCAGCAGCUUUCAUGGAUUUGAUGAACCGAGUAUUCAGGCCUUAUUUGGAUUCCUUCACGAUAGUCUUCAUUGAUGAUAUUUUGAUCUAUUCCCGCAGCCGGGAGGAGCAUGAACAGCAUCUGAGAGUUGUUCUUCAGACUUUGAGAGAUAGUCAGUUGUAUGCUAAGUUUUCGAAGUGUGAGUUCUGGUUGAGUUCCGUUGCAUUCUUGGGCCACAAACAUCGCAAUUGCAAUGAUGGGCUGGGAGAGGGAGACCUUCGCAUUUGCGAGGCUCAUGUCGCAAAUGCGACCUUAGCAGGCACCGUAAUUGCGAACAAUUGUUCGCAUUUGCGAAGAAAGCAGAGGCAGGCCUUCCUUCGCAAUUGCGAAGCUUUGGCUGUAAUUGCAAGCUUGCAUUUGCGAACAUGA